UGCUCGUACCCUUGUUGUACAUUCAUUCGUACAAUGGUAUUUUUACCAGAUAAGAACUCAUGAAGAAUUUAAAAAAAUGUGUAAAGGUGCCAAAACCAGGAAUUCUUCUAUAACACACACAAACGAAGAUCUGCUGCAAGACGACAGAUCCGACAUCUGUACAGAACUGUAAUGAGCACCUAUGAUGAAAAACAAGGUAUGUGUAUGUUUGAACAUUUUGUCCUUUUUAGGAUCACAUCUUGUGACAUAAUGUCCUGUUUGGGUUCAUUUAGAUGUCUUUAUGUGUUGCAUUCAUAUAUGUGCACUGUUUGCAGUAAAUGACUGAGGUGCCCUGGAGCAAGCCGCCUAACCACCAGUAGUUCCCUGGGUGCCACAGAAAAAAAUGGCUGCCCACUGCUCUGUGGGUGUAUGUCCACGGUUUGCAGUGUGUCUGUGACUGCUCACUAUUCCUAGUGUGUGUGUGCAAACAGGAUGGGUUAAAUGCAGAGGACAAGUUCCGAGUGUGGGUUACCAUACUUGGCCAUCACAUGUCACUUCACUUUAUACAACACAAGCUUGUAUAGUUCACACAAAAACAGAAAACAGUGAACUGUUUAUUUAUUUAUUUGCAUUUCUGAAUUUUUCCAAACACUUAGGCCCAGUUUCACAGACAAGGCUUAGCCUAAGCCAGCAUUAGACCUUAGUUCAAUUAGGAUAUUUAAGUAGCUUUUAUAAAUGUACACUAGAAAAAACACAUUACUGGUGUUCAUCUUGAGACAAAACAAUGGCACUGACAUUAUUUUAAGAUAUUUUAAGAUAUGUCAGCUCAAACAUGGAUUUUAGUCUGGGACUAGCUUAAGCCUUGUCUGUGAAACCGGGGAUCAAUUUUUCCUGUAAUCUCCUCCAGCUUUUUACUGUAACAAACGUUCACUCAGAUCUAAAUUUUAUACAAAAGUGUUAGUGUGUGCUGAAAUGUUGCAGUUCUUACUGAGACAAGCAGAAGGAUUUCUGCAGUUACUUCAAUAUUAUUAGUGCAAACUAAAAGGAAAGAGUCUUUACUACAAUCAUUUCAGUGUCAUUGUGAAGAUAAUUCUGUGAAAGUUUCAGACAGCGUAUUGAGGAAAAAUACAUAAUUUGUGAUAAAAAGUUAUUUUUUUUUUAACAAAUUAAAACAAAAAGUAUAUUAGAACAUGUUAACCUUAACUAGAACCUAUUCAUUUGUACUCAUUUAGCACAAAUUAGAAAGCUCACCUGAUUGUUCUAAUCAGAACAGAAACAGAGAUUUUAAAAUCUGCCUAGAUACAAAAGAUUCUGUGAAUUUCCCAUUGGUAAAAACAACAAUAACAACAAUGAGGUACUGGUUAAACAGGAAGUGGAAGAAAAGUCAUGUGAGACUUUUCAUGUAAGAAAAGGCAGACAGAGAGUCACUCCCCAGGUUCUUGUGUGGUUUAAUUUUCUUUAAUCCAUAGUAUAUUUAACAAUUUAAAUAAGUUAAAUAUCCAAUAUAUUAAUUACAUUAUUGGCAGGACACAGAUGGAGUGAUUGUCCUGAGUUAAUUCAUCUACAGAGAAGUGAUUGUUCUCUCUCCAUGAAAACUAGACAUCUGAUACAAUGUUUAACAUGAGAGAGAAAGGCAUCUUGGAGUACGACCAAAUUGAAGAUUUACACAGAUCACGUCAUGAUGCCACUCUAAUGAAUAAAGGUUCUCCAGCGCUUUACCAACUGAACACUGAAAUAAAAUAUAUUGAUGGGAUUGAUAGAAAGGUCAGGCAAUUGACUUAUGGACGAAGAGACAGAAACAUGCAGAACAGAGUCAUACUGAUGGUGGGAGAAACCGGUGCUGGGAAAAACACCAUCAUCAACACCAUGAUCAACUACUUACUGGGAGUGAAGUUUGAGGAUCAAGAGUUUUAUCAAAUCACAGAAGAAACUGAAGAACAUUUCCAGACAUCUGCAGUCACUGUUUACGAGGUGUUUGUUGAAGAAAACCCAACAUCUCUGACCAUCAUUGACAUACAGUGUACACCAGGAUACGCAAACACUGAAGAAAAUGAGAAAGAUGAAGAGAUUUCUGAGUAUCUGAGCAGAUUAUUUUCAGAUGAGGAUGGGAUUCAUUAUAUCGAUGCAGUGUGUUUUGUGAUGAAGGCAUCUGAAAAUCGAAUCUCUGACAAAGAGCUUUACAUAUUUCACUCAGUUCUGUCUCUGUUUAGUAGAGAUAUAGAGAACAACAUAGUGUUUCUUCUCACACAUUCAGAUGGAGGACGUCCAACAGAUGCUCUCAAAGCCAUUAAGAAAGCAGAAAUACCCUGCAGAAGAGAUGAAGACAAAGAACCUGUUCACUUCUUAUUCAACAACCGACAGAAAGAGAAAAGAGAUGAACAAUAUGAGCAUAUGUACAGAUCAGCCUGGGAAAUGGGAGAUGAAAGCAUGAAUGAGUUCUUCACACUCCUGGAAGAAAAGAACAGAAAAAGUGUUCAGAUGACAUUAGAUGUUCUGAAUGAGCGAAGACAACUUGACGCCUGUGUCUCUAAUCUGAUGGACCGAAUCAAUGAGAAGGAUCUAAAACUAAAAGAACUCAAUCAGAUUCAGAAAGCCCUCAGACAGAACAGAGACAAGAUUGAGAGAUGUAAAAAGGUUGAGUUUACAGUCUACAGAAGUUUCAAAGAAAAAGUCCCCAUUGUAAAUGAAUGGUGGUGGAACAGAAACGCAACCUGCUGCUCCGUCUGUCUGGAAAACUGUCAUGAAUGGGAAUGCUCAUCGGCAAUAGAUGCCUCAUGGUGUUCAGUCAUGAAAAACAGCCACUGCACUGUGUGUCCAGGGAAAUGUCAUUAUAGCAAGCAUGUCAGAGAGAACAAAAAAUAUGUAACAAAGGUGAAGGAAGUUGAAAUGACAUUUGAUGAGCUCAAACAGGAGUAUGAACGCACCGGUGAAAAGCCUGAAACAAGCUUUGACAAAACAAAAUACGAAGAAACUAGAAAGGAACAUAAAAGAAACAUGAAAGAGUCUGAGAAGAAAAGAAAAAUAGAAGAAAAACUGAUCAGUGAUCUGGAGAACAUUAAAAAUGAAAAAUCAAUCCUGCUGCGUGAAGCUUAUAUGACCAUCAUGAGUCUGUCUAAGAUCACAUUAAAAUUAGACAGCUCUUCCACUCUUCAACAUCUGGAUUUCUUGAUUCCCAGACUGAAGGAGGAGGAAGAAGAUGAAUGGAUGAAGAACCUGGAGGAUCUGAGGAAAACUGGAGAAGAGCAGAAAAACAAGGGGGCUUUACGGCAUGUGAUGGAUUUUUUCAGUUAUUUAACUGGUAAAAAAUAACAAAUGCAACAAAUCUGAAAAUACAAAAUGAAAAAGCAGAACAGAUGAUAAUUCACUGAUGAGAGGGUUCCAUAAGUUUCAUUAUGAUUUUACUGAACAUAUGAAAUUUCUUUAGAGGCUAAUGCUGCCCAUCCUGAGGUUAUCAGAGACGUUCACCAGCUCCAGUUUGGACCCGGCUUAAAUAUAUCGAUGGACUCAACAAGACUGACAGAUAUUAUCCUUAUGUUGCGAUCAUUACGAUCACAAGUUGUAUUAAUGUAUUGCAAUAAUGAUUCAUCAUGUUGUCCGUUUAACUAUACAUAUGGUAUCUUAGAGUUAUCUGUUAUUGUCAUAUAGACAUUUUUUUAUUUAUUAAUUCAACAGGAUGAUAAAAUGUUCUUUUGAUCGAAUUGAUCGUCGUCAGAUUGGGUUGUAUUAAUCUGGCGACCGUUACUACAGUAAGACCUAAGUUUGUGUUUACAGCCUAUUUCAGUCUUUCAGAAUUUCAUGUUUAAUUCAGUGUGUUACUUGCCAUUUCUUUGUAAUUAAUUGUAUACAUUUUUUGAGUGAAAAUUGUUUCUACA